AUGCCUUCGACCUCAGCGAUGGCCGGAAAAGGGAUACUGCAGAAGGUCGACAAGAAAAGUGGGGUGACGAGAUUUUUUGUAUGGGGUCUGCUACAUGCCGAGUUCUUGCCGUUUUGGCUCUGUUUUGCUGGUUUCUGUAACGGCGUCUGCUGGUUCUCUUAUGCCUUCCUCAAGAAAUUCGACCCGUACCUUGCUAUUACAAAUGGGCUUGGGGGGCUGUUUGGCUUAUUCCAGAUUAUUGUCUAUGCUUACUACACCUUAAGAGCGAAGAGUAACAAGGGGUCAUCAGUAGGAGAUGGUGCUAAGACAAGUGAUGAGCAGCUCAAGAAGAACUACAUGGCAUCACCAGCUUGA